AUGGUGCCUACUUCACUGAUUGCAAUCUUUGGGCUGUUUGCCUUGACUGCCGCCGAUAUCACUGUGGUAGUCGAUGAGAAUGUGAAGCCCUUACCUCUCGAUACCUCUACGGCCGUUAGCUUGAGUACCGAACUGCUCAACCGGAGCUGCCCGGAGGAGCUGUCCGACAAGCUUCCGUACCGACCCAAAGUGUUAAUGUCAACCUUUACUGAAUUUGAGGCAUCGGACGAGGCGUUCGAGUCUAAAGACCAAAUCUUCCCUUCCUCUGACGGCCUUGUGCGAGGCGCCAUUGAGGCGUGGGCCAAACACCAGCAUCUCGUCCUGCGCCCCGACGAAGUCUGGUUUGAGAUCUUGACGCAGAUGAAUUUCUACAUGACAAAGCAUGCUGAAGAUAUCCGCCACCUAUUUGUUGACCACGAAGGCAAAGAAAUGAUCACUGUCGAGGAAACCUCCUGGCUUCGCGUCGUCGGUGCGUUUUCUCAGGCGAUCCAGGAGAGGAUCAAAACGCCGUGGCUCUAUGACUGGAUUAUGCCGGGCUUUACAACCAGUGACGAAAAUGAUGAGUUGACUGCCACCGUGCUUAUGAUGGGCCUGAUGCAGCACUAUUUUGAAUUUUUGGGCGGCAUCGUCUGUGGCCUACCGAAAGUUACACUUCUGGGAGAGCGUGAAGACUGGGUACAACUGUUGGAGAAACUUGACCAUCUCAAAGAAUUCGGUGAAGAGCCUGAGGAAUUCGCUCAAGAACUACGACCCAUCCUUAGCCGCUUUGUAGAAACUUGGGAUGAUCCAGAAAGUGACGAAAAGAAGCAGUUCUGGGGCCAAAUCGUCCGCGCGAAGAAGCAUUUCUCAUGUGGCGGCGGUGGUGCAGAGUAUGAUGUGUCUGGAUGGAUUACCGGAUUUCUGAAAUGGCGACCAAGUGGUGAUCUGCGGGUUUUCAAGAUGCCAGAGCGGGCAUUGGGUGAGGAUAAUCCUAAUUCAGACGCGAAUGGGGGUGGUUAUAAGAAUGGGGAGGUCGUUCUUGAUGGUGUCACUUACGUCAAAGAGGAACUUUUCACUAUCCCAAUUGGAUAUGCCAAGGUGCCGAUGAAGAUGUUGGACUUUCCUGAAAGGGGGACUAAUACAAUGGCAUAUCUCUUAGCAGGAAAUGUCGCUGUGAACAGAACCAAGACGUCGGAUGAGGAGUUUGUUAGAGCGCAGCCGUUGAGCGCAUGGUUCAUGUAUGCGCCAGUCGAUACUGACUACAAGGCGGAAUCCCCAAGUUAUGGUAGUCGCAGCGAGCUUGUGGAGAUUGGCGAAGCUAUUACGGAACAAUGCCCAGCUUGA